AUGUCUUCUGCAAAGCACCGCUCCCAUGCGAGGCCUACCGACCCUUACCGGAGGACUUCUCUCGCGUGCAAACGCUGCAGGGGCAGGAAGACGAAAUGUAGCGGCGAGUUCCCCCGGUGCCGGACCUGCGUCAACACCAAUAACGAAUGCAUCUACCUCGAGCACGAACGCAAAAUCUCCGUCCCAGAAUACUACCUCCGUGACUUGGAGACUCGCUUGAAGGCCUACGAGUCCGGCAACCCACCUACCAAUUCGCCUAUCCCUCCUUCGGUAGCCUCAGCGCCCACCUCUUCUACCAUUGAUGACGACGCUGCAACUGAUGGCUUUGAUGACAAUCCCCUCACCGAUGGAAUGACCCAUCUUGUCAUCACCCCUUCCGGCCAAAGACACUACCUCGGAAACUCAUCGUCAACAAGCUUCGGCCUCAGGCUGCGCAGCUUCUUCGAGACCUUCCGCCGCUUCGACCAGGACCUCUCGAUUGAAGUUCAGUAUCCCACCUACAAUCCAGCAGCCUGGCCAAAGCGACGACCAUCUGUCGCCGAAGUCCCCAAGCUGCCCCCGCGCGACUUUGCCAAAAGAUUAUAUCAGGCGCAAUACAGAUACAUCGGCACCAUCUUUUCCUUUGUUGAACCGCGUGUCUUCGACCAGAGACUCGAAAAGGUCUACAGUGGUACCCUGGAUCUGUCCGACAGGGAAGCAUGUCUUGAGUACUGCCAAGUUCUAGUCAUCCUUGCCUAUGGUCAGCUGUACAGCGUGAACCAGUGGGACGGACACGAUGGCCCACCCGGCUUCGAUUAUUUCAUGCAAGCAUUGCAGUUCUUACCCGAUACCCAUGAUGAAGGAUCCGUCUUGUUCGUCGAAGUCCUCUCCCUUGUCGGUUAUUUCAUGCAGAAUCUCAAUCGCCGCGAUGCUGCAUUCCUUUACAUCGGCCUCGCCCUCAGAAUGGCCAUUUCACUUGGCCUUCAUCAGGAGAUAGUCGACCCAGAUAUGGAUGAGGGGAUAAGAGAGCACCGGCGCCGCUUGUGGUGGUCGGUCUACUCCAUGGAUAGAAUACUGUGUGCCAAGUCCGGAAAUCCAAUUACCAUCCUUGAUGAAGAUAUCGGCGUAUUGCCGCCGUCGAGGUUACCGCACGAGCCUGAGGUCAGCUCUGCCACCGUUUUGCUCCACUACACAGAAUUGUCACGCAUUCUUGGUAAAAUCAUGAAGGGAAUCUACCGAAAGAGCCCAAAGACAGGCUCAAGCCUUGUCACCUCUGUUUACAACAUCAUGACCGAUCUGAACAAUUGGCGACGUGACCUCCCAAAGCCCCUCCAAUUCGACGCAUCUCGCCUGGACCGUGACAUCUCGCGCGAAUCCGUCUCAACGUUUUUACAUUACUAUCAAUGCAUAAACAUGACCGCUCGUCCUCUCCUCUUCCGAGUCGUCCAACGCCGGCUUGCAAACUUGACCACAGAGAAAGAGACGGACUGGCGUAGUGGCCUUUCUACCACGACCAUUGCAGUGAUUGAGGCUUGCGUGGCGGCAGCUCGAGACAGCACAACCAUGAUGCACGCGGCUGCCAAACAGAACCUUGUUGCUACCUACGGCUUCAUGGACGGCGAGCACAUAUUCAGCGCCGCGAUAGUGUUAGUGAUGGCCAACCUUGCCUUUCCCCACAACGACCGUGAUCACGUCGCCAUGGAAAAGGCUCUUGAUGUCCUUGGUGGCAUGGCCGAAAAAGGCAACGGUCACAUACGAGCGAGGCAUGAGCUGCUCAUCAAGUUGCGCGGAAUGACUGCGACGGAUCCCACACCAUUAGUGGCAGAAGUAACCAGUCAGACCAUAGAACCGCCAUCACUAGCCUUGGCAGCUGGAAGUGAAGGCGAGCUACCGCCCGAGGCAACGAUGCAGCCGUUUGAUAUCGACGCGGCCCUGCCUGGUAUGCAGUACACCGGCGAUGUGAAUCUAUGGGAGGAAGGUUAUGGCGACUGGGGCCCGGCUGUCGACUUUGAUUGGGGGGCUUGGACGGAAGCUGCCCAAGGAAGUGGUAGGUGA